GAGCAGCAUUUUACACAUUUUUACAACUCCCUUUCAUUCUGACAACAGAUGGCGGCUAGAUCUUCCGCGCUACUGCAUUCGCUCUGUCACGAUAUUUGUAUACUUGUAUCUGUGUGCUCAGCACUUAGGAAGCCCUUAGUCAAUGCCGGUUGGCUCACUGACACAUGGCUUUGGUUGGAGGACAAGAGGACAAUCCAGCCCCAAAGAGAAUGCGUAACUGAAAAGGCGAGAAGAAUGUUAAUGGACUUUAUUAACUAUACGUUGUUGGACCGUAUUAUCUAUAUAUUCAGCAGUAAGGUCUUAAUAGUGUAAUAAAACUAGUUUGGAGCCCUGUCCGCACUUUGGAACACCACUGAAAUCGCCAAGGCAGGAAGAGCGCCCUCUUCUGGGCCUCUUAAUCACCCCGGAAACCCUGCCCUAUAGGCGAGCCUCCUCGCGCACGCGCAUUCGGGCAAGUUUAGAAAGGGGCGGGCGACGCCGGCUGCCAUCCUUGCCGCACGCGGAGCCUCCGCCUCCAUCCCCGCCCCCUCCCCCGCCUCCGACCGCUGUAAGAGGAGCCGGCCAGAGGGAGUUCUACGACCCGAGCGCCCUUCCUCCCGUCCCUUCCCCUCCUCUCUUCUCAGCUUUCCCAUCCCCACGGUCUUGACCUUGGAGCUGCGUCCAAGCGGGGGGCUGAUGAGCUGACCCGGCGGGUGGGCGUCCGAGAAGCCCCUUUAGCCGCGGCGGCCGUCCAGUGCCGGAACUCCGGGGCCCCGCCGCCGCCUCUCUGCGGCCCCGCCAUGCAGUCCGUGCAGCUGCCGCCUAAGGAGAGUAACCUCUUCAAACGGAUCCUGAAAUGUUAUGAACAGAAGCAGUACAAAAAUGGGCUCAAAUUCUGUAAGACAAUUCUUUCAAAUCCAAAGUUUGCUGAACAUGGAGAGACCUUAGCUAUGAAAGGAUUGACACUGAACUGUUUAGGAAAGAAAGAAGAAGCAUAUGAAUUUGUUCGUAAAGGUCUUCGGAAUGAUGUCAAGAGUCAUGUCUGUUGGCAUGUAUAUGGACUUUUGCAGCGUUCUGAUAAGAAAUAUGAUGAAGCUAUAAAGUGUUAUCGAAAUGCCCUUAAAUUAGAUAAAGACAAUCUACAAAUCCUGAGAGACCUCUCUAUGUUACAAAUCCAAAUGAGAGACCUUGAAGGCUAUCGUGAGACAAGAUAUCAACUUCUUCAGCUCCGCCCAACCCAACGUGCUUCAUGGAUUGGAUAUGCUAUAGCAUAUCAUUUGCUGAAAGAUUAUGAUAUGGCACUAAAACUAUUGGAAGAGUUUAGAAAAACUCAGCAAAUUCCACCUAAUAAAAUAGACUAUGAAUAUAGUGAACUGAUAUUGUACCAGAAUCAAGUGAUGAGAGAGGCAGAUUUAUUUCAAGAAUCUUUAGAACAUAUAGAAACAUAUGAAAAUCAAAUCUGUGAUAAACUUGUAGUAGAAGAAAUUAAGGGAGAAAUGCUGUUGAAAUUGGGAAGAUUGAAAGAAGCUGGUGAAAUAUUCAAAGACUUGAUUGAUCGGAAUGCUGAAAAUUGGAAUUACUAUGAAGGUUUAGAGAAAGCUCUGCAACCUCGUACCGUAGAAGAGAGGCUUCAUAUUUAUGAAGAAAUAAGCAAGCGGCAUCCUAGAGCAUUUUUGCCCAGAAGAUUACCUUUAAACUUUGUCCCAGGUGGAAAAUUUAGAGAACUAAUGGAUAAGUUCCUGAGGAUUUACUUCAGUAAAGGCUGCCCACCCUUGUUUACCACUUUGAAAUCUUUAUAUUACAAUACAGAUAAGGUUUCUAUAAUACAGGAACUUGUUACCAGCUAUGAAGUUUCUCUAAAAGCUUGUGACUUCUUUAGUCCUUAUGAAAAUGGGGAGAAGGAACCUCCAACUACACUACUCUGGGUUCGAUAUUUCCUGGCACAGCACUUUGAUAAACUUGGCCAAAGCUCAUUGGCUUUAGAUUACAUUAAUGCUGCAAUUUCAAGCACUCCAACUUUAAUAGAACUGUUCUAUAUAAAGGCAAAAAUUUAUAAGCACAUAGGUAAUUUAAAGGAAGCUGCUAAAUGGAUGGAUGAAGCUCAAUCUUUGGACACAGCUGAUAGAUUCAUAAACUCAAAAUGUGCAAAAUAUAUGCUACGAGCAAAUAUGGUGAAAGAAGCAGAGGAUACAUGUUCUAAGUUCACAAGGGAAGGAACAUCUGCCAUAGAAAAUCUAAAUGAAAUGCAGUGUAUGUGGUAUCAGACAGAAUGUGCUUUAGCUUAUCAGAGACUUGGGAAAUAUGGUGAAGCCUUAAAAAAGUGCCAUGAAGUAGAAAGGCACUUUUUUGAGAUAACAGACGAUCAGUUUGACUUCCACACAUACUGCAUGAGAAAGAUGACUCUUCGUGCCUACGUUGAACUUUUGCGAUUGGAAGAUGUACUGAGGAAACAUGUUUUCUAUUUCAAAGCUGCUCGAUCUGCAGUAGAGAUAUACUUGAAAUUGCACGAUAAUCCAAUAACCAAUGAAAGGAGAGAACAAGAAGUGAAUUCAGAAAACCUUUCAGCCAAAGAAUUAAAGAAAAUGCUCAGCAAACAGAGAAGAGCCCAGAAAAAAGCUAAAUUGGAAGAAGAACGGAAGCAUGCUGAGAGAGAACGGCAACAAAAAAAUCAAAAGAAAAAACGAGAUGAGGAAGAAGAAGAAACCAAUGGUCCCAAGGAAGAAUUAGUACCUGAAAAACUUGAAAGGGUAGAAAAUCCUUUAGAAGAAGCUAUCAAGUUCCUUAUACCACUUAAGACUCUUGCUGCUGAUAACAUAGACACUCAUCUUUUAGCAUUUGAAAUAUAUUUUAGAAAAGGAAAAUUUUUGUUAAUGUUGCAGUCGGUCAAAAGAGCUUUUGCUAUUAACCGUAAUAACCCAUGGCUACAUGAGUGUUUAAUUAAAUUCUCUAGUUCUGUUUCUAAUCAUAGUAAUCUCCCAGAAAUAGUGAACAAAGUCCUAACCCAAGAAAUGCAGAAAAUCUUUGUUAACAAAGAUUUGGAAAGUUUUAAUGAAGAAUUUCUCAAGCAUAAUGCUACCUCUAUUCAGCAUCUACUUUCAGGUGCUAAAAUGAUGUAUUUCCUAGAUGAAUCAAGACAAGAGAAAGCAAUUGCUAUUGCUACGAGAUUGGAUGAAACGAUAAAAGAUAAAAAUGUGAAGACUUUAACAAAAGUUUUUGAGGCACUGAUUGAUGGCAGUUUUGGGAUCUGUAAUACCCAGUAUGAAGAAUACCGGAUGGCAUGUCAUAAACUGUUUCCCUUUUCACCUGCCUUUCUGCCUCCUACAAAUGAGGACAAUUCUAGUACUGCAUCAGUAAACCAUACAACUAUUAAACAUGAUGUGAUGGCGAAUGAAAUUUGAGUAUCCUAAAAAAAUUGACUUAUAAUCUCAUGACUGGAUUCAAUUCAGAGUUCUUUUUCCAGGGUGCAUUUUAAUAUCCUAUAGGCAUUAAGUGAAAUGUUUGAGUAGUAAAAUUUAAAAAUGGAGUAUGCCAUUAAGGCUUUGUUCUUUUCCUGACCCCCAACUGCCGCUGUUUAUGUAAGUCUUAUCUGUAAUCACCAUUUGUCUUGUUUAUACUUGGACAGUUUGUCCUAUCAACAGAGCUCAUAAAUUAUGAGCAUUACAGCUUUCACCUAAGUGGUACAAAAAUAUGAUCAUUUCUUACUGAUUAAAACUUAAACAUUGGACAAAGCUAAUUAUGUUGGAUAUAAUACCAAUGUUCCCACUGCAUUUUAUUUCGAGUUUUUAAUAUUAAUCCUUCUUGAUAGGUUUUUUAAAAGCACAUUAUUAUGAAUGUAUUGGCUAUUUGCAUGAUUUUUAAAAAUACUGACCCUAUUGUGGGAAGUAUAGAGAUGUCUUUUAAAAAUUAUAAGUUGGAAUUGUUUCUUUAUGUUUUUCAUGAUUUAUCAUUUAAACUUAUUAUUAGUAAGAGGUAUUGUGCAAAUAUCAAUGCCCUUCUUUUGUUUUCAGAAAUGUUAAUUUAACAGUUUAACCAAAAUAUUCCAAUUUUGUCAUUUAGUGAUUAAGGAUUUGGAGAUUAGUUCCCCCCUUAAUCAUAGAAAUUCAUCGGUCAUACAAGGCAUAGCCAAGAAAUAUGCUUUCUUCAUUAAAUUGCUUUCAGUACUACUAAGCAAUUUCUAUUAAAAGAGUGUUUUUUUAUAUUUUUUUCUUCAAGGGAAGACAGUAGGCUGACUUUCAAAAUUAUAAUGAAAUACUUUCUUACUCUCUGUGUGUGGUGCAUUAACUGCUGAAUGCAUCCAAACAUACCAUAUAGCAAAAUGAAUGUUUAAGCUUUGAUUAGCUUUGCUAAUAAAAUAUGAUCCUGCUCAACAGUGUAGCUUUUUUCAUUCUAUAGAAAUGGCUCUCAAACCUUAAAAUAUACUUUGGCCUGUACAGAAAAAUUAAAAUUAGUGUCUUUGUUUUUAUUUCUGCUAUGUAAAUAUUUCAGUAAUAUUAACUAGACCCUUUAAGGCAAAAGCAAGGGGAGAUUUUAUUAAGACAAAUAAACUGUUCUGAUAGAAAUGGUUUAUUUUUUUCCUUGUGUAUUUAGGUUCCAAAUUUUUGGAUUAAAAAAACUGUAAAAUUAUGCCAACCAAUGUAAUGCUGUAAUAAAUUAUUUUGUACACA